AUGUUAGCAGCGGCUGACAAUCGCCGCCUGCGCGACAACCACAGCGUCCUCCCCCCUCCCCCGCGAUACCCCUCGCACUCGGGCGCCUACGGCGCAAUCGGAGCCGGCAUCGCCCCCAUGAUCGAGACCAAUAACAUACUCUCCAACCCCGAAGGCCCAGAGUACCAGUUCCUCGUCGGCGAGGGCACCUACGUCCUCAAGGAAGACCUCCACCUCGCCACGCCGCCCCCGCACCCCUCCGAGGCCCCCGUCGUCAACCCGAACCCGCUCGCCACGAUCCCCCAGCCCGCUUCCGCCGGCACGAAACUCUCCCUCAUAUCCCUCGACGUCCGCGCCGCGCCCCCCUUCUUCUACAAGGGCGCCACCUCCGCCACCACGCUCUCGUCGCUCGGCGGCGACAUCCAGGAGCACCCCAACGAGAGCCGCUACUCCACCGAGGCCGGGCUCAGCAGCGAUGGCGGAGACGGCCGGGGCGGCAGCGCCUCCCUCAGCGACGGCGCGCCUCCGACCUCGUCGUUGACCAUGGUCUCUGCGCCGGCUUUCGGGGACGGCAAUACCGCGCUGGCGCCGGCCAACACAAAGGACGCGGCCAAGAAGAAGGUGGCCAAGCCCAAGAACAACAUGACCAAGAGCAACUCGUCCUUCAUUUCUAGGGUCAUUGUCAACGAGAGCUUGGCCAAGAAGCUUCAAGAGCGGCCGACGGACGGCGUCUUUGCUUUUGCCAACAUCAACCGAGCGUUCCAGUGGCUGGAUCUAUCAUCACCGACAAAGGCCGAUUAUCUUACCAAGAUUUUGUUUACCAAAGCUCACUGCCUAUGUCACGACGUCAAUCCCAUCACCAAGAACAUUGCACAUAUUGAUGUAAUCAUGGGCUUCUCGACGGGAGAAAUCAUCUGGUGGGAACCUGUGUCGCAACGGUAUACUCGAUUGAACAAGAAUGGCAUCAUCAACGGCACGCCCGUGUCAGAGAUCCGGUGGAUACCGGGCUCCGAGUCCCUCUUCCUGGCGGCGCACAUGGACGGUUCGCUGGUGGUGUACGACAAGGACAAAGAAGACGCGCAAUUCUCCCCCGAGGAGGAGCUGACGACAAAUGGGUCGUCAACAAAUGGAGAGAGCGAGUCUACCAACGGCGUCAACCACAACCUCAAGAUUCAGAUCAGCAAGUCGGUCCACUCAAAGAACCAAAAGACGAACCCCGUGGCAUCUUGGAAGCUGUCGAAUCAGCGUAUCAACGCCUUCGCCUUUAGCCCAGACAACAGGCACCUGGCGGUGGUGUCGGAGGACGGCUCGCUCCGCAUCAUUGACUACUUGAAGGAAGAGCUGUUGGAUCUGUACAACUCGUACUAUGGCGGCUUCAUCUGCAUUACUUGGUCUCCGGACGGCAAAUACGUGCUGACGGGAGGCCAAGAUGACCUCAUAUCCAUAUGGUCCGUCGUAGACUCGGCCAUUGUCGCGCGUUGCCAAGGCCACCAGUCAUGGGUGACAUCGGUAGCAUUUGACCCGUGGCGUUGCGACGAUAGGAACUACCGAUUCGGCAGCGUCGGCGAAGACUGCAGGUUGUGCUUGUGGGAUUUCAACGUCGGCAUGCUGCACCGGCCCAAGGCGGCUUCCGUUCAUCACAGGGGCUCCGUGUCAUCACGGUUUGCCAAUCCGCUGCAGAGACAAGAGACGGCAAACACUUCAGCGAGCCGCAUCCGGUCCGACUCUACCCUGUCUGGAGGCGCGGUGGACGAAGACGGCGGCAGCACCGUUCAUCCCGUCGAGCCUCGCGCGAGGAUUGCCAUGCUGCCCCCUGUUUCUUCCAAAGCAGUUGAUACCCACCCCCUGUGCUGGCUGGAAUUCACAGAGGAAGCCAUCAUCACAAGUUGCAAGAAUGGCCAUAUCCGAACGUGGAACAGACCGACGGACGCCCCCGUGCCCAUGGAGGGUGCUUCUCAGCCAUCUUAA